AUGAUAUCAGUCGAGCUGACGUUUCCAUGGAAUUUGAAAGAGCCUUGUUUUCCCAAAAGUUGUUCUCAUCCCGACUGGAGAGAACUGCAGCUUCGACCUCGCCCAGGUCUUAUCAACACCCCCGGCGGGACUCGAACCGAGACAAUGCAAAAUGGAAGCUUGACACGUCAACCAGUCGGCCACAUUCCCACGAAUGCUCUUAAAUCACAGAGCAGGUACGAAAUUUUCGCUCCCUCUUGCCUCUUCCAAUCUCAUGUUCGUCAGGUUGCUUCAAAACAGGACAUCUACAGCCUCGCCGAUCUUCCGUUUUCACUUGUUCUCUCUUCCGUGGCCGAUUCUUUUGCUCAUUCCUCUUGCCGUCUCUCCGAUCCACUUUUGUCUACAGUCCGGAAGACUCCAUUUUGUCGACUUGCUCCUGUUGUCUGGCAAACUGGAUUGCAUUCACGAUUGCACGAUUGUUCGGCCGCAGUUUCCGAACCGAUUCGCGCGAGAGUAGACGCUUGUGAAUGUACCGAGUCAACGGUCCGAUGCUGGACAGGAUCAAGAACCUUCCAGUCGGGAAAACGUGAUCGAAUCAGCCGCAAAAGCAAAAGUAGCGCCCACUGA